GUCUCCAUUAGGCUUUUUAGUCUUUUUUUAGUCUUCAUUUUGUUUGUUAGCAACUUUUACUAUAAAAUUGUGCUAAAUAUUACAUGUAACAACUUUCCCAUGCCUUUGACAACGAUUGUAACAUAUGUACAAUGCAAGUCAAUUAUACAUUGGUAUAAUUGACUGGAAUAAUACAACCUUCAUGAAUGUCAGAAAGACGUGAAGGGGCACAAACGGUCCGCGCACGUGAGCUUGGCAGCACGUGGACAGCUAGUGAAAGGAAUGUGCGAGUAGUUAAUAACUAAAUAAAUAAACAGUCACCGAUUCGAUGGUGACAUUUAAAGAGAUUUCUUCAUCAUUGCCGUUUAAAAAAUUAUCAAUUCGACAUCUGAUUAAAAAAAAAAAAAUUAUUACUUUAUUGUAUGAUAUAAUAUUUUAUAGAUAAUUAUUUUUAUAUAAAUUUUUUGAUUGAUUGUAUCGUGAUUAAAGCUAAAUUUCAUAGAUAAGAAAUAUGCAAGCAAAGUAAAACAUUUUAUGUUAAAGUUACUUCAAUAUUUUCUCUAUCAAAGUAAUUAUGUACAAGAAUGCAGGAAGAAUAAUAAAAAUUUUUAGAACAUUUCUCAAAUGUUCUAUACUAAUUGCAACACUUCAGAAAUACUGAAAAAAUGUACAAUUUUUAAAAAUUCUUUAUAUAUGUAAAUUCUAAAAUAUUCUAAGAUAUUUCUAAGAUCCUCAUUCUGAUUUCUGAAGAAAAUUUAUAAAAUCUGAAGAAAUUUUAGAUAUUUUUUAAAAUAUAUUUUUAGAUCAAAUCUUCAUAAAUAUAAAAUAAAUCAAAAAUUUUGGAAAAUAUUGUGGCAUAUAAAAGAAAUAGGAUAGGUAAUAUAGAGAAGAUAGCAUGUAGGAAAAGGUACAUUCAGAGGCAAUGGGAAGAUUGUAGAAUAUUAAUAGAAAAAUAUAACAAUUAAGAAGUUUAGGGAAAUAGGGGCAAAGGAUGAUCAAAUUAUUUUAAGGAGAGUGAGUUUAGAAAUGAAAGAAAAUAUUAAUUAAAGAAGAAUAAGUUGGUUAGAGGAAAGUUGGUUAAAGAAAGGUGUUGCAAUUUGCAAUAUGCAAUUACAUAUCUUCUUCAAAGUAAUAUAACGGAAGAUCAAAAAAAUACAGAUUAUAUAACAAGCGAUAUGCGAAUGAAUUUAAAGGAAUGAAUGUAUCAAACGAAAUGUAAUAAGAAGAACGCAGAUUGUAAAUAUUGUAAAUAUAAUUUGAAUAAGACGUUCUAAUCUCUUAUGAAAAAAAUAAAAUAUGAUGAUUUAGGUUUUAAGUGCAAAUUUAAGGUAUGGAUGAAUAAAUGUGAGUUAAAAAUUAGAUGUAUACCAAGUCCCUUUUUGACUAUUUUGUAAAGUUAAAGUAAUAAAUUAUUUAUCUUAAAAAUAUAAAAUACAAGAAUUUUUUUCUAAUGUAAUAAAGUAAUAAAGUAAAUUCGCAUUAGGUCACACGUUCAUCACAUUUCUGCCAUGAAAGCUUCGCGUAUAAAAUCUGAGUCCUUUACACGUGAUACACGUGAGCCGUGCGCAAAUAAUAUACGUAAGUCUCCACAACUCCACAAUCUCGAAGUCCUUGACCCUUUUCUUCCCAACUUCACUUUUACUUAACGUGCCUCGCGUGUAUGCCCUAGUCCCCACUUCCGCAAACUCCUUUCGCUUUUCUAGCAGCAUCUCGGGGAGUUAGAAAUUGUUUCACGGGCGAUCAUGGUUUGCGCGCAGAACGAAAGAACGUAUCUUCGGUUUUAUUAUCGUGUGAAAUAUCUUUACCGUAACAUUCGGAACUUCUCCCAUCGCAGAAUGUUUGAGUAUCGUGUAAGAUAGAACAUAUUAACGUGUUUUUCUUAAAAGCAUAUAGUCUACUGCUAGUGGUGUUAAGAGUAUGUACAUGAAGCGCGUUUAGCAAUUACAAGUUUAGCCAAAGAAUUUUCACUAAAGGAAUUAGCAAUAGAAUGUUUUAAUUAGUAAUAUUCGAUGCCAAGAACAGUGACCGUAAAUAGAAAACUAAAGAAUAAAAGACUAAAAAAGUGCAACAUCACUCAUAAAAGAAAAGUGUUUAAUUUUAAGAUAUUACGAUAGUGUUUUAUUUCUUGUCUUCAUUUUUUUUUUUAAAUACUUAAAUUGUGUUAAUUUUGAACGAUAUUUUAAAUGUAAACACUGUUUAAAACUAAAACAUUUUUAAGUAUUUAAAAAGUGGAGGCAGAAAUAAAACGAUAUAUAUCUUAAAAUUAAACACUUUUUUUGAAUGACAUAAACUUUACUUAACAAGGAAGUGUUUAAUUUUAAUAUUAAGAUAUUUUCUUUCUCGUUUUCGUUUUAUGUGUAAGUGAUAUAAACUUCGCAGAAACUAAAUUGCUCAACUCCUGUAAAAUGAGAUGAGAAGAUCAAGUGAGACAAUUGAUUCUCAGUGAAAUCCUGCGUUACAUCGUUUUAAUUGACGAAACUUUCGCUGAUUCAGUUUGAAAAAGUGGUGCAAAACUAAACAUCUGAUCCAGUGUCGCAAAUGUUUGCAGUAACGAGCACGGCGAGGAUCGGGCUCGACGAUGAGCGUUUCAAAUCCGCGGUAACGAUCUCUAAAACUAGGAAUGUCAAAAGCAGGAAGGAAUAUUAUUGUGAUGACGAUCCCAAAACGUUGCGCCUUGUGCGAGUCAAAGGAUUUCCGCGCCUGUUGCCCGAAGGUAUCCUCGCUCUGGCUGAUUAUUGUCGAUGGCUUCGCGAAUUAUCCUUGUCGUAUGCCUUGCUGAGCGACGAGCUGCUUCUAGCGUUAUGCUCGAUAAAGCAAAUCCACUUGAAAACUCUGCGGAUAGAAGCAUACCCAGAAGUGAAGCCUCUUCCACGUGUCAGCGACAAAGCGUGGUUCGCGUUUUCGAGUCGCUUGCCCGAUAUAAACCUUGUACUACUGUCUUACAUGACCGACGACGAUGAUCAGAAAUUGCUUUUUGCAUCGCACAUUCCUGUAACGCAUUUGUAUCUUGGGGACGCAAUGUCGGAAUCAAUAAUGUCACGAUUAAGUAAGCAAUGUCCACAAUUGAUAGAACUAAUUAUCACCGCUUAUGAUGGUCCAGUUGAUCGAUUCCUGAUUUCUAUGGCCAAGGGUUGCCCCCGACUUAGUACCGUCGGUUUGGGCGAUUGCGAAAUCACCUGUUCCGGAUUAGCGAAAUUUGUUGCGUUGUGCGCGCAUCGUCUACAGGUAUUGUACGUUUCGGAAACAUCAUUGAUAGAAGAUGCGGAUUUGGAUAUUGCUAAAGCGUCAUCGAACCUAUCUACGCUUCUCGGUCGGACAUGGGUACCGGAGUACGUACCAUUGUGGUAAUUUCCUAAGAAAAGUGAAAAAGAGGUUUCAACGAAGUUCACAGUCGUAUAAUAGAACACAUAACGAGAUAAAAUAUGCACGACGUAUUUUUCUAUUUUUUUUCACAUGAUUUUUACAUGAUAACUUACAAAGUUUUUGUAGUAUCGAACACAGAAUUCAAUGUAUUCGUUUUUAUAACGCUUAUAACAUUUGCGGUGAAGUUGUUGGAUAGUAUUAUUAAAAAUUUGAAAUAGUUUUAAUAUAUUCCACGAUAUCGUUCCGUAUGUUAAAUUAACAGAAAUCACAGAAAAUUAAUUAAUCGUUGCUGUUGAUACCAAAAAAUAGAAACUUUAUUAGAUUAUAAUAGUAAUUUUUUAUGUAAUAUAUAUAUAAAAUAAUGUAACGUUACUAGCACUUGUCUACCAAUGUUGCACAUGGUAGACAUGUAUAAUAUUUAAUAGCCAUUAUAUGUAAUAUUAUUAUGGUACAUAACAGUCUGUAUAUACAUUAUUUCUACAUUAUACUAUAAUAAAUGAUUGGGUAUUUAACAUUACGAUGUCCAGCAACAUUAACAGCAA